UUUUAAUUAUUGCAGUAGUGACCACUUUCACAAUCGUAGGAGUUUUAACAUUAAUUGCUGUGAUUUUCAGACAAAGAAUUUACAAGGAUAGAAAAGGCAGAGAAAUUACUUCACAGAUUCCCAGCCAACGUAAUAGCAUCAUAUAUUCAGAUGCAACAAUUAAUAUCUAUACGGAGGCAGAUACGGAACAAGAGCACAUAUAUAUUGAAAAUAUUGGAGAGCUUAAUUCUGGAUUAGAUAUGCAGACUGAAGAUCCUGAAAUGGGGAAAAAUUAUGAUAUUUUACGAGCAUGUUUAUCCAUACAACCUGACACCUCUGCAUCUUGUUAUGAUUGUUCAGAAAACGUCGAAGGGAUUUAUAAUUAUUCUCUAAGGAGAAAGGUUUAUGUAAAUCAAUCACUGGAAGAAACCAAGAGAGUUGAAAAUUUUGGAGAACAGUUACCAAUUCUAACAGACAUGUACGCUUAUCCAGAGAAUACUAAUGGAGAGACUGAAGAACUGACUAGUUACUCAAGCAAUACAGGUGACAUAGAAAAUCCCGGCAUUUCAAUGGAAUUUUCUGUUUUUCUACCACAGAAUAACCAAGCUAAGGAUUUUAUUUUUGCGCAAAACAUUCUCUCUGGCGAUGGUUUAAAGGAUAUCAAAAUAUCAAAGGAUUCAUAUGACCAACAACAAAACAAAAGACUUCACAAUUUUGAUGGAACCUUUAUUCCAAAGAAUUCCAAUUCUUCAUCCGUUGAGUCCCAAGACGGCUAUGGUGUUGUAGAAAGGACCUUCCGGAGUACUAUGACACAACUCGAAGGGAAUACGUAGAAUGUCACAACUACGAAGACAUUUGAGGAGCCAAGAAAUUCUAACGAGAUGUGUUAUUGAUUCAUAAAACAUAGAUAAAACAUGCAAAAAGAAACAACCAGAAAACAUUUGCAUUUAUCAACCCUCGUGCUAUAGUUUCAUUGUUUCCUUUUGCAAUAUAUUAUCAUAUCCAUCUGGCAGAUGAAGUAAAAACAUCAAAGGCAGAGGAAUUAGUCACUGCCUUCAACUUUUCUUGUCGGUGCACUUCUUUCAAUCAUAGUUAUUACGGUCCACAACUGGGACUAGAAAUUGAUUGGUGAUUACUUCCCCCUUUACACCUAAGACUGGUAGACCAUCAAAUUAGCUUUUUGGCCUUCUGAUUGUUACUGAAAAUAAUAGAAACUGUAUUUAUGAAAAUGUAUGCUGUAUUCAUGAAAAUUUGAGGAAUAAGUACUGGAAUUAUGACUAUUUAAUAAUAAUGUAUCAAAAGGUUGUUUUGAAAUUUUUAAGGCAAAAAUACAUAUG